CCGUCCCGGUAGAAGCGGCGUUUGACGCAGUCGCCAGAAAGGGGUGCUGCCUGGUGAAGCGCGUUAUUACAAGCCGUGAACGCUGCAGCCAAGGCCUGGAAAGCAUCCCUUGCGCAGGGCGUGAGGAGGGAAGCCUGGUGGUUGUACGGCGUUGGGAGUCGGGAGAGGAGCAGUAUCUCUGACAAGACGGCACUACGGCAGACAGUAAACCGCCCAAGCGACUCGCCACGACGCCCCAGAAAACGAAUCUGACGAAUCGAACCCUGCAGACGACAUUUCGCAAAGAUGAGGCCGGGAACGAGCAGAUAGCAGCCAUCUGGCCCUAGUAGUAACACCCUGGGAAGGAGCAAACAGCGCAGUAGCACACUACCCUGGGAAGGAGCGAGGAGACAGCUCUCUCAAAAGAGAUCGUCGCCAAGCCGGCCCGUGUAAAAGGACCCAGGUGGCCACAAGGCAAGCACAGGCCAACCAGCAGCGAGAGAAGCAGGGCGUAGAAGAACUUACACACACGUUGUAGGACAGUCGAGUUGCUUUUCUGUGGUUGGUUUACACAUAAAAGGAAACCAAAUGGGUAUCAGGAACUUUAACCCACAGCGUAUGGCGGAGGGACUGCGCACGCGCGUGUUCCGGACCAAGCCUCUGGACUCUCAGAUCGAGAGCGAGGCCAUCCCCAUGACGACGAAGUUCCAGAAGUGUCUGACGACACGUGACCUGACGUCACUGGGGGUGGGGAGCUGUGUGGGGACGGGAAUGUACGUGGUCUCCGGGCUGGUGGCGCGAAACAUGGCGGGACCUGGUGUCGUCAUGAGCUUCGCCAUCGCAGCGGUGGCAUCGCUUCUGUCCGGCGUUUGCUACGCGGAGUUCGGGGUAAGGGUUCCCAAGACGACAGGCUCCGCCUACACCUACAGUUACGUCACGGUGGGAGAGUUCGUCGCGUUCGUGAUUGGCUGGAACCUCAUCCUGGAGUAUUUGAUUGGCACGGCGGCCGGCGCAAGCGCACUCAGCUCCAUGUUCGACACGCUGUCCGGCCACGCCAUCAGCAAGUUCAUGAUCAGCCAUAUUGGAUUUGCUAUAGGCAAAGCGUACCCAGACAUCCUGGCUUUCUUCAUCGGCAUCCUGAUCACCAUCAUCCUGGCACUGGGCGUCAAGAACAGCAUCGGCUUCAACAACAUCCUCAACGUCAUCAACUUCGCCGUCUGGGUCUUCAUCAUGGUGGCGGGACUGUUCUUCGUCAACGGCAAGCACUGGACUAAAGAUGGCUUCUUUCCUUACGGCACGUCAGGGGUGUUUCACGGAGCGGCCACCUGUUUCUACGCCUUUAUAGGCUUUGACAUCAUCGCGACUACCGGCGAGGAGGCUAAGCACGCGUCCCGCUCCAUCCCGCUGGCUAUUGUCGGCUCCCUGCUCAUCUGUCUCACGGCCUACGUCUCCGUGUCCGCCAUGUUAACCUUGAUAGACCCUUACGACAAGAUCGACACGGAGUCGCCGCUGAUCGGCAUGUUCGUGCACCAUCACUACGAACCCGCUAAGUACAUCGUGGCGCUGGGCGCUAUCUCCGGUCUGACCGUGUCGCUGCUGGGGUCGCUCUUCCCCAUGCCCAGAGUCAUCUACGCCAUGGCUAACGACGGACUGCUCUUCAGGUUCCUGGCCCGUGUCCACGAGCGGACGAAGACCCCCGUACUGGCCACCGUCAUCUCCGGUUUCCUGGCGGCAACCUUGGCGCUACUCGUCAGUCUACAGGACCUGAUAGAGAUGAUGUCUAUCGGCACGCUGCUGGCCUACACCCUGGUCUCCGUCUGUGUCCUCAUCCUGCGCUUCCAGCCGGACGUGCUGGUCGAACCCGGCAACGAGAUCUUCGACGAGGCCAUCCCGAUGGGGGAGCGGGAGAAACCGGUGGACAACACGGCUUCCGAGGGGAAAGUCACGGAGGAUACCGUGCAGACAGAGAAGGAGAGGCAAGAACAGGACACGAUGUACGACGAUGACGACUCUGCACUAAUUCCAGGCGGCGGCAAGGGACUGAUGCAGGGACAGGUGAGCUACGGGACUAUGGAGAAGGGCGCUAUUGACGAGAAGGAACAGGAGAGUUGGUUCACGCCUUACAUCAACAAGAUCAAACAGAAACUCGGACCUGUGGUGGAAAAUAUUAAGAUCAGGUUGGGUAUCCCGCUGGAGUCUGCAGUGCCCACGGAGCAGUCGGCGCGGAUCGUGUCUAUCUGUGUGGUGGUGGAGUUCAUCGGCAUGUUCGUGUGGUGUGCCUUCAUCAUCACACAGGAGAAGCACAUCUACAACCGCGAGGGCUGGGCGGUCAUCCUGGCUAUACUCAUGGCCUGUUUCAACCUGGUGUUUGUGUACCUGAUCCUCCGCCAGCCGCCCAACCGCAGGAAACUGAAGUUCAUGGCGCCGUGCGUCCCCCUGCUGCCCAUCUGCGCCAUGCUCUGCAACAUCUACCUGAUGCUCAAGCUCUCGCCCAUCACCUGGAUCCGGUUCGUCGUCUGGUUCACGAUAGGACUGUUCAUCUACUUCGGAUACGGCAUCUGGAACUCCAACAUCGAGUCGCGUGUCUCGGACAUCGGCCGUCAGUCCGGAGACGGGAAGACACACGACUCCGUCGUCAUAGACACCAGCCAGAUCGAGAAGCCUGCCGUGCAACCCAAGGUCCUCCCGGCGCACAACCCUCAGACCAAGGAAGACUUCACCGUGGACCAGGCACCCAUCUUGGACGAGGAUGCCGUCAUGCAAUAACGUGUCCAGUCGCAAGCUGGCGUACAUGUAUGUAAACAUUAGGCUACCCAUUUGGUUCUUAUUACAGUAACUAUGUUUUGCAGCCAGGUAUAGUAUGAAAAUAAGGUGAAAAAGAUGGCCAGAGAAACAUCAUAUCUCAGUGCAAACCCAAUCUGUUUCUCCUAUCAUGAUGUACUGUAACUAAAACACUUUCCUGGUG